AUGUCUUCACUAAUAACAGCUGUAUUUAAAGCCACUAUUGGCAUGUUGGUGAAUAAAGGAAGAGAUAAACUGGCAGAAAAGUUAAAUGAGGGUGAUGUUACAGAUCAGAAAUUCCGUGGCCUGAUCGUCCGUGAAAUCGAUGAAAUAAAAUCGAAGUUGGAUGGUUUAGCAAGAACGCCUUUGAAGACAAGUAUGAGCCUUUUUAAAGAAGGAAUCGAGUUGUUGUAUGAAGUGUUUGAAAGUGCCAGACCCAGUACCGAGAAUCGCGCGAUAGAAGCCGCUGCAACAGCUAGUGUUGAGCAAUUCGAUAUUGCUAAAGAAAUGAGGAAAUUACAGCUUACUGCCUUGGAUGAGUCGGCCACGAGGAAGCUUAUCACAGCGAAGGAGACAUUUAGUGAAGCUCGAUUGGAAGCAAUGAGAGCUUUUAGUAAUGAAGCUUUGGAAUUACCUGAUCGCCUGUUAGCUAUGCAAUAUCGACUGAUGGCUACGAUACUGAGGAAUAUUGACAAUCCUACGGACGCAUUAGCGGCUUGUAGAGUCUGCCUUGACGAGUUACACCAAGUGCCAGCUGUUAAAGAAUAUUUCAAAGUUGAGUUGGAGGAAGGAUUGAGAUUGAGGGCUCGCUUUAAUAAAGACGAAAGAAGGCAAAUAAUUUUCUCUGUCUGUCACGCUAAUCGUGUGAUCUAUGAUGUAAUGAGCAUGCUCGGUAGUGUAAAAAGGUGGACUUUGCCUUAUAUGGAAACCGGGAAAGAGAAAGUGGAUCCACUCCGCAACGAAAGAGUUGUUGAAGUACUGGCAAAACAAGGUAAGGAGCACUGCUGUGUUACACCAUGGUCAUUGGGUCAGGAGGGUGAAGAGGAGCACAAGCUGAAGAUUCCGCGUGGUAUCGCUACAAACCAUAGAGGACAGUUCCUGAUAGCAGACAAUGGGGAUAAAACCGUGAAGGUGUUUGAUAGCAACGGAAAGUUUGAUUUUAGGUUUAAUCCUCAAACUGAUGACGCCGAUAAAAAGUUAUAUAUUUUGGAUGUCACCACUGCAGGCGAGGACAACAAGAUUUAUCUACUGGUCGGACUGAAGAAGCCUGGGGCUGAGGAAUGGGAGAGGGAAGUUCGGGUUUUUAACAAGACCGCUGACCUACAGCAUAAGUUUCUUGCGAAGAGCGGGGACUGGAACAGACUCACAGUGAGCAGCGCCAAACAACACGGCAAAAUUCUGCUGUUGGCAUUUGACUCAGAUUGCGUUGUUCAUGUUCACGAGCCGACAGGCGAGUUCAUUUGUAGCUUUGGUGGGGGAGUGUUCGAGUAUGCAACAGAUAUCACUGCUACUUGUGAUGGUCGCGUCAUGAUAGUGGACCGAAACGAUGACAGUUUGUACAUAUUUGAUGUGGAGGGACACCAGCUUGGCAAAUUUAAUAUCAAACAUGAGAGAGAUGUCUAUUAUUGCAUUGCAUGUCACCCGGUAAGUGACCAGGUUGUCGUUGCUGGUCAUGAACGAGAGACAUACCACCUGAAGCUGGCUAUAUACACUGUUAAUGGCGAAUUUGUUCGCAGAAUUCAGCUGGAUGAAAAAGGAUAUGUAAAUGGCACAACAGUGACCGUGGAGGGUCACAUUGCUGUGGCUUUUAGAGACAAGAGUACUGACAAAGAAAAGGUAACUGUUGUUUAAAACUAAAAAAUUCGAAGACACAAGUCAACAGUUCUUAUUUUACUUUCAUGAAUAAAUGUCAUCAAGGCAGAUGUUUAAAUUUAAUGCUGCAGUUGAUUGGAAUCACUGGACAUGACUGGUUACUGAUGUUUGUAGUAAGUCUUCUGUUAUAUCGUCGCUCUAACCUUUAAAAGAAACCAAAACAGGUCAAAUGAAUGCGAUACAUGUACGACAUGUGCAGUAAACACUCGCUAAUAAGAACCUAACUUACAUUUUUUUUUGAGGUAUGGCAAAAAAGGUUCAUUUAUUUUGGGGUACGUUACAGUAGGUUCUUAAUUAGGUUUUUAAUUUCUCUGAAGGAGAUGUACAGGGUGUCCCAAAAGUUUGUUCCUCUAAUUUCAUGCUCAGUAUUAACUUUUGAUCAAAACUUUAUUUUUACAUGAAAUUUCUGUUUAUUGCUCUAUCAAGUACAUGAUUGUAUUCAGAAGUUCAGUGAGCUGCUGGUCCCUUUUUUUUCUUAUCACAUUCUGUAGCCGUUGUGGCAUAGAGUGGGAUAAGUCACCGUAGCGUCUAGAGGCCAAUAUGAGCCACUUUUAGCUUUUUCAUCACCUGGUACACAGGAGCCACUUUGACCCCCAAACAACAUUUUUUAGAUUAGGCAGCCAAAAAAAUAUUUUAAGCAUUCAUUUAAAAAAAAAGAUAAUCAUCCUGGCGUCUCUCUGCAGUAAGGUUUUUUUACUUCUUUACCAUGGAGACUAGCUGAACGUUGCUUGAUGGACUGAUCUGGACUGAGCAAGGUUUUUUUUGCCAUCUCACUCGCCUUCAACUAUCACUUUCCAGGAAUUACUGCCCCAGACUUACCUUGCUACCUGUUGUGAGAGCCACCUCAUUGAGUUGCCUUUUUUUUGCCCAGCCUAUUUUAGAACUAUUUUAGCUGCUUUAUUCAGGACUUUAUGUUCUCCAGCAGGUUCUCAAGCCACAGUUUCUUAUUAGUGAGUGGGUGUUUACUGUAAGUACAGUAACAUUCUUUUGUUUCUUUAACAAUAAAUUGGUGGUAUAAUAAUAUUUUUGUUUGUGCAGAAUGUAAAAUAAUACAAUCCAGAUUCAGUUGGUUUACAAAAACAUCCUCAUCAUUUACCAGCUUCUCUAUAACUCUUUUCGUUAAAGAUUCUGUAUUUUAAGCUUAAAAUGCUCUACAUUGUAACUCAAUCGGAUGCCACAUCAAAAAACACCUUUGAAAUCUUCUCCAGGAAAAAUAUUUUAUGAUGCUCUCUACUUGAUUUAAGCAGGCAAUAAUGUGAUAACCCAUAAUAACCCAUGCAACCAGCCGUCUUUUUGGUACAGGUGUGCAGGCUCAUUCCCAAAAACAUUGGCUGGUAAUCAAGCCUAUUAGUAAGAUAAUUAAGAUUUUAUUCCAACAAUUUUCACUAAAUAAUUAAAGCAUACAUAGUUUCUGGGCAGUGGUUUUCCCCAGAUUUUCAAGCAAAGCCAGCCUCUCUUUAAUCCUAAUGACACUAAACAAAUGAUCCAGAUUUGAAACUGCCACAUGACAUACAGUGUAUGAUAAGGGGAGAGGGCUCCCUUCAGUUGACAAGCAUCCCUGAAAACUGUUUUUGCCUGGAUGCCACUGAAGUUGAAAAUAAUUAAAAAAUGUUCACAUCGUGUGUGGGCGCUAUUUGAAUGUAAAGAGAAAGUCUGUUUCAUCAAGUUCUAGACGUGAUACUAUGUCUUUGUAGAACUGACUUCUAGCUUGUUGAUGCGCCAAAAUAGAGAGAAAAAGCCGAUAGCAAAGCUCAAAGUGUGCUCUCCAUUUAAAAUCCAUCAUUACAUGUAUGUUUGGCUUGUUUGCGAAACCCACACAAAAAUGCUAAUGUCUGACCCAGAGACAUCGCUGAUGACCCCGUGUCUCUUGUCGUUGAGGCACCCGGACGAUGACAUGGAAACCACCUAUCGUCCCAGUUGUCCGGAUCAUCUCAAAACUAUUUUUAAACGACUGGGGUGAUUGGGACGAUCAUAUAGAAACCAGGCUUUAUAUAUACCUAUCUUCCCAUAAUAAACACUUAGAGAUCUCCAUCUUUAAAGUGAUCACUGCAGAGUUUCACCUACAGCUGUAUACUAACAUUAAAAGCCGUAGUCAAGCUUAAAUAUUUUGAUUCAGGUCAACCAAAUUAAAAGACGAUGUAUGUAUACCUCUGAUUUGGCCUAAAGAAAAUUAUUAGCCAAACCUAAAACAGUUUAAAGAGAAUUGUUAAGUUACCAAAUAUAAACUUACAAUAAAUAUUUAAUCAUGCAUUCUUUAUUAAUAUAGCAGGCUAUAGGUUCUGCAAAGCAGUCAAAGUUUUCAUAAGCCAAACUUAAUUUUAAUUAAGGCCAACAGUACGUUUUUUGCCUGUGAUUUAGAUGCAAAACUUCAUUAUUAAAACAGUUCAAAGACAUAACAAAAUUGCCAUUAAUAUUAAGUUACAUUUCUAUUAUUUCACAUGCAAAUCAUGAAUCUGUCAGGGUUUCGUUAGAAAGUCAGUUUUACAGCUUGCCAUUUGGACGAGCUGUAUAGUACCUAGCAUGUGCUAGCCCAAUAGACACUUUAACCUACCCAAAAAGAAUGUUUAACGAGCAGUGAUUUUUCUUGGCCAGGGGAAAAUCAGGAGACUUUGCAAGUGGUCAGGAAAAGACAUAGGUGUUCUAAAGGUCUGUUAAAAGUCAGCCGCAAAGUUUAUUUUCUGGUAAAGAGUUUUCAGAAAACGCAGUGAAAAUCAUUUUAAAAAAGUCAAAAACGAAGAGUAGAGUAAUAUUGAUUUUUUGGGGGGAAAUUUUUUUAGAAGUUUCUGCUACUGAAUUAAUAAACUCUAUUAAACAUAAUUAUGAACAACAAGCAAACAAAACCUCAGGAAAAAAAAGUUGUUUAGGGAGCAAAACAAAGCGAAUAAGGUGUUGACUGAGAGUUUAUACUUCAAGUUGUUUUUUGCAUAUUAACUUGAAAAGAAGCUAUGACAUCAUUGCCUAUAACAAAAUGCUGUAAAAUUAAUAUUAAUGGCCUUGUGCCCAAAUCUUAAUCAGCUAACAAGGUCAUUAUUUAACCACUGCUAGGAUUUUGUCGUAUGAUAAACAUGUGGAAAAAUGAAAAAUAUUAAUGUAAACAUGCCUAUUCAAAGUUAUUCAUUUAAUAAAGUUAUAAGCAAUAGAUGUUUAUUAUUAAUUGGAUAAACCUAGCCUGGUCACGUCCAGUGAAGCCAACCAACUAUAUACAUGUAGCAAAAUGCAAAACUUUGCCUUUCAUGACAUCCAUCACGAAAAAAUCUGCACUGUUCACUUACCAGCUGUUGUGUCUUUGAGUUUAUUAGUUUUAAGCAACAAUUAAUAAUGAGAGGGUGUGUGAAAAGAAAAUUGGUAACUUUUUUUAGAUUUUUAGGUAUUUUUAGGUUUUCUGAUUUGACAGACUGCAAUUUUUUUUAAUUAACAUGUAUAUAACACUAAAUAAUCUAUACAUUUGGUCUGGGACACAAAAUUUCGAUAUCUAGAUUAACAUAAUCAAAAAUUCCUUGUUGAGCAAGACAACAAGAAAAUGGCAGGGUGAUUUUAUUGAAUAGCUGAUGUUAGUUUAUACAAGUGCCAAACUUUCCAAUUACUUUUUAGGGGCAGUGUCAUCAAGCUAGGUUUUGUGCUACUUCAAAAUCCAACAAAUGCAUAAUUAUAUCGUUAUGGAAAUCCACUGAUUCAUUAUUUUCACAUAGACCAUAAUGCACCUUGUUUGCCCCCAAAAUUUUGCAUCAACAUUCUUUUCAAUAUUCAAUAUUUCUCUUGGGAUGACUGUGAUAUCCAGGAGAAACUGAAAACAAAAUGCAAAAUUUUGGGGGUAAACAAGGUGCAUAAAUUAUGGUCUAUGUGAAAAUGGUGAAUAUAGUAACAUUAAAGGCCCCAGGGAAAAACUAACUAAAAAGGUCUAAGUUCCUUGAUAAGCAUGUAAGGCAACAAAAAAAAGGCAGGGUGAUUUUAUUGAAUAGUUGAUGAUUGAUAGUUUAUCAAGUGCCAAAACGUUCCAAGUACUUUUUAGGGGCACGAGUGCCAUCAAGGUUUUGUGUCACAUGUACUUCAAAAUCCAACAAGUACAUAUGUCAUUAUGGAAAUCCACUUAAUUAUUCACCAUUUUUCACCUAGACCAUAAUGGACCUUGUCUACCCCCUAAAUUUUGCAGAACCAUUGUCUUCAAUUCUCUUUGGACUACUGUAAUAUCCAGGAAAAACUGGAAACAAAAUGCAAAAUUUUGGGGGGUAAAGAAGGUGCAUAAAUUAUGGUGUAUGUGAAAACGGUGAAUAUAUAGUUACCUGAAUUACAUUUCUAGAAGUCAUGAAAACAGUGUUUAACGCCGCAAGGAAACUUAAGUGGACUAAUCCUUAAAAAAAAAAUUGGGCUGAUCCGUUUUCAAGUUUGCUGGAGUUCUUCAUUCAAAGGUCAUUUUGAGCAACUCUGGGCGAGGGUGCCUUCACUCUCCUAUUAAGCUUGCACAAAAACACCUGUAGGCAGUUUUGAUACUGCCCCUUAAAUUGUCUUAUAAAAAAUUCAGCAUUUAAAUGGGCCUUAAAGCAAAGUAUGUGAUUUCUCUGGAGUAUACAUACUUUGCACAGAACACUUAGGGUUGGUUAUUAAAACAAAGUAAUAGAAUGAUAUUUUAUAAAAUUUCUGGGCUCCACAAAUAGACAUUAAAUGAUUUUCCAGUCUGGCCUGGAAGUCUUUUGGAUGCUGUUAACAGCAAACAAUAUUAAUUUUAUAGAUAUGUACACACAGUAAGGAUGGUAGAAUUUAAAAAAUGACUUAGAAUGCGAAAGUUCUGUUAAACACCAACUAAACUUUGUUUUAAUAACCAGCCUUUAGUGUCAAUCUCUAGUUUUACCAGUGGUGGAUGCAGACCUUCAGAUAAGGGGGGGGGGGAAUGGUCUUCUUUUUUGGCCCUUUAGCCUCAGUUUGGUCCAAAAUAAGGAGGGGCCUGGCUCCCCUGGGCCCCUCCCCUAGAUCCGCCACUGUGUACCAUUACAAAAGUACUUUUAGAAUUUCGAGAUCUACAUGUGCCUUAAAAGGUGACAUGUUUUAAGUUGGUUUUCGUGUCCAGUUUCUGCAAAAGUUUUACUAAAUUAUGAUUUAGUUAAUUUGUAAUUAUUAUCUUUCGUGUGAACAAAAGAGCUACAUGUACGUAAUGGAGGUAAUAUUUCUUAUCUCCUCUUAAUUUGUGUUCGCCCUUUGUGGGUUUAUAAACAAUGACCAAGCGUGAGUACAUGUAGGUCAAAGUGGCUAAAAAUUGUUAGAGUUCUCAAUGUUUUCAUGAAACAAUGCAAAGUUUGCGAUCAACAAGAUCUUUAACCUGUGUAUACUAGCUGGUGGUUUCGUUUGUUGUGUUUGAGAGACAUUUUUCAUUACAAACCACAAAUGAAAACACCCCCCCCCCCCCUGCACACAGCAAACAAACUGCUGCCAGCUGCGGUGCAGGCUACAAGUUCUUGUAAACUCAGUGUUUUGUUGCAUGUUCUCCUUGGUUUUAAUAUAUAUAUACAGGCAUACAAAAUAAUUCUAAUUAUUUCAUCAAUGUUUUACAUUGUAUGCUUACCAUGACUGAAAUGCAGCAUUGUGAUAGCAUUGGUAUUAUUUUUUAAAGAAAUUUCUGUGUUUUAUUUACCAUAAAAUUAAAUGUGUCACUGGUUUACUUUUUUUAUGGUACAUGGUCUUGUACCCCAGCCCUUUAGAAGCUCUCCCGGUUGAUGUCUGAACUAGGCUCAGGAGGGAGGGGUGAGGCAUUGGUCAGAGCACUCGUCCUCCAUCAAUGUGGCCUGGGUUCCGGUCUAAUGGUAUGUAAGCCAUAAAUGGGUUUGAGCUGGUUAAUUUCGCAAAUGCACCAAUGAACGCGCUGAAUCAGGACGGAUAAAGGUUAAUUAAUGAAUUAAUGAAAAUCGCCCCCUCUCGAGGAAGGUGGCCCGCGCAUGGAGCUCUCUUUCCUUCGCGCUUCACUUUUCUCGCGGGUGGGGAGGAAAAUGAGAGACUACUAAUAGGCAGAUUAUUAAAGCUAUUUUCUUUCCUAAUUUUUUUACUGCAAAAAAAAAAAAAGCAUUGUAAUGUAUAGUUUUCCCUGGUAUCAAAGCAGCUAGGCGGCGUAUACUGAAUUUCAAAUGACUCAUUUUUGAGGAGUGAACAGUUAGCUGCUAGUUGUUGUGUCAGAUAUUUUACGUGUUUAUGGGGUGCUUUCUACAAACUCAAGACAAAAUUCAAGCGAGGACACCCCAGACUGUAAUUGGUACAAAAUAACUAAAACAACUAUCCAAGUGAGGAUAACCCAGAUGCCUAAAACAAAGUCAAAACAAGAUUAAAGCAAAGAAAAAACGGCAGCUGAUCUAACCUACGUAAAGAACGUGAGUUGAGCGACCUGUUGGACGGGAGGUUGAGCGUGGUAGAACAGUGAGUUGAGUGGCCGACUGCUGACAUCUGGCAGUAUGGUAGGUUAUUUCUCUUGUAGCAGUGUGGAAGGCUCGGGGGAGGCGCGGGGGGGGGGGGUACGAAGUCCAACCCCUUACCCUUUUAUAUACCACUUUUGUCCAACGAGCCCGUUAACCAGUCAAUAAACCGAACCCGGUAAGCAGACGACAUUAACCUAUACCACUUCAUCUUUUCUAGAAACUGGACCCUCGUCCCUCAAUACCGAGCCCGUCAUCAAGUCUCCUCACUUUUAAGUUCCAGUCCCGCAUUAUAACUGUGUCGGAUUUGAUGAUCCAUCGGGCCCGGCUUCAUUUUGUUAGUUAGUCGGACCACCGUAACUUUCGUGUUUACCUAUCUAGGUCCCGUAUCCUUACUGUUUUUACUAAAGUAAACGAGAUCUUAUUCUGAGAAGUGAAAAAAAGAAUGUUUCUUCACGUAAUUCGUUGUAACGCGCUUUGUUACAUGUAACCUCUGAUGUACACUUAAAAGCCGACAUUGAGAAAAAAGAAGACGAACUAUCAUUUUCAGUAGAUAUUGAAGUAAAAUAACGAUUACAUGCAAAUUUUAUUAUUUUUUUGGAGAGGCUUAAAAGUGUUCAAAACGACUAGACGCUUUCUUUUCACUCACCGAUUGUUUGCUUAAAAAGAGAGUGAAUCAUUCAUAAAGUACUACAGUGGAACCUCUCUAAUACGGACACUGGAGGGACAAAGUGGAGUGUCCGUAUUAAAGAGGUGUCUAUAUAAAAGAGGUCACUAAUAAUAGAUUUAGCCAGGGCUAAAAGCGAAGCUCUGGUUAAUAAUACGUGUAAUCAAAAAAAUUAAAUCGUGUAAUACUAAACGGGGACGACAAUGAAAAUGGCUUCAAUACUAAUAGAAAGGUGACGCACGAAGGAGAGAGAGUUUCGCGCGUCAACUUCCUCGCGGCUGGCAAUUUUCAUUGAUUUAGCGCGUUCAUUGGUGCGUUCGUGAAAUUAACCAGCUCUAACCAACAUAUGGCGUACAUACCAGGACCUGAAUCCACGCCACAUUGAUGGGAGACUCAAGUGUGAAUGGCCUUGCCCCGCUAUAUUUGAAUUCCUUGUUUUCCUGUCAUAAUGAAAUCUCCAGUUAUUCCCUUAGGGAUUCAAGGGCAAGCUAGCUAUUCCACUGCCCUGCACCAAUUAUGUUAAAAACAGUUUUAGGCUUCAUGCAGUACUGGGGGACAGAGGAUAUCUUUUAAAGUGGUAUUUUUUUUUAAAUGUCACCUUAUAUCAUAGAGAUUUUUUGACUCCCCCCCACCACCCCACCCAGUCUUGAUGAGGAAAGUUAAUAUGGGCAACAUGAUGCAGUGGUGCAGAGAUUUAAUGUUAAAAAGACCCACGAGUGUGUGAACCCGGCCUUCUUUUAGUUCAUAAAAUGAUAGAGCGCCGGGGGAAAAUGUGCACUAUGCAGUAAUGCACCACAACCCAUAUGAACUUUGACGAUGAAUUGAUGAUGAAUAAAUGGAAAAAAAAUACUACCGGCUAGCAAAUCAGACUGUAAAUUAGACUCAAAUGUUCCAAAGGGGUGUACUUGACCAUGACUGCAUAAUGCUUCAAAGUAGUGUUGCAGCUAGUUUUCUUUUUCUUCAAAUUAGCAUGAGCUUCAGUCACAAUCUUAGGUAGUAAACUAAUAUUUUGAGGGAAAAAUCUUUGAAAUAACACCCUACAUGAAAAGGAAGAGGAGAUAAUGGUUGGAAUAGUUAUGCCAGGAUUUUAAUUUUUUUCUGGUUGCUGAAGUGUUUAUUGUACAUGCUAAAUUACUACAAAGGAGUAAAAAACCCAGAUCUUCCCAUGAGUAAGAUCUUUAUUCAUAUUAUUGUCACUCUGAUACAGGUACUUCAAAGACAAACUACCGGCAUCUUCUUUUAGUUAAUUCAUCAU